GUUCAUAGUAGCUUCGAAACACUGCUGAGAUACACACCAUAUAUACACACACUCACACAAAACAGUUACUACAACUGAAAAGCGAAAGAUACAAUAUAUUUCAAAAAAAGAAAAUUUCAAAAAUUGUCAUCAACAACAAAUUUUUUUUUUCCAAGAAAACAGCGUGUAUUACAAAAAGAAGAAUUCUAUAUAUAUUACAACACACAAAACCAAGAAUAUUGAUUGUUUAAACAAAAUUUGAGACUCAGAGAAUCAGAUUCAAAUGCAGAAGCAGAAAAAGAAACUCUAUUAUCUAUAUAUCUAUAAUAAUUAGAAAUUUGCCAUCAAACAAAUGCAACGGACCAACGCCAUUUAAGUGAUAAACAACAUUAACAAAAAUAAAUUAUAAUACCAACAACAACAACAUCUACAAAAAGUGCUGUGAUUUCCAACUACAAAACUAAAAAUAAAAAGUUAAUUUAAAUCAACAACAACAACAAGCAACAAGAAGAAAAAUAACCAAUCAACAUUUAAAAACUUCAAGCAAUCAUUACAGCAGACAACAACAACAACAACAAAACAAACAACAACAGCAAAUUGUGAUAAAUGAAUUAAAAUAAUCAAUAACUAUUUUAAUAUUUGUUAAAUGCUUCAAAGUUUCAAGUGAUACAAAAAGAAAUUAAAGAAAACCUUAAGUAAAAGAACCGUCGGCGAAAAGCAAAAAACCAGAAAAACUUUUCAAAUUAUUUUCACACUAAAAAACCGACAACCACCAACAAAAGAAAAUUCAAAUGAAAAUGGAAAUAAUGUCGGUGCAACCCAUUUAUGUUAGCGAUCUGCGAUCCAACAAAAUUCGAGAUUGGACCAUAAUGUCACCGCCGACAACGAGCGCCGUUAAUGUGAGCGUUGUACCCAAAAAGGCAGCCAUUAAGAAAUCCAGCUCUAGUUCCAGCUCUAGCUCAUCAUCGUCGGGCAACAGUAUUAAGCACAGCAGCAGCAACACCAGCAGCAACACUAAGAAGACCAAAUCCACAAGCUAUCAGCAACAACAACAACAGCAAUCCAUCUAUAACAACAACAACAACAAUUGUUAUGAUGAUGAUGAUAUUGGCUCACCGGCCAAUAUUGAUUAUGUUGCCGUACAUGAGCUAUCGGAACGUCUGCUGGAUGAGCUGCGUGCUGCCAAAUCACGUCACUUGACCUGCACCGAAGUCUCGCUACCCUGUGAUCUCACGCCCAGCAUUGCGGCGGAAAUAAUACGCGUAUCGGAGAAGGAACCCUGCGGCAUUCGGGGUUGUACCAUUUACAUUGAAUUCGAGGAUGAGCCACAAAAUUCAAGACGCAUUGCCUCAAUGAAAUUGGACCCAGAAACAGUAUCAACAUUCGAGGUAUAUUUAACAUUGCGUCAGGAUCAUCGCGGCUGGACAUCGCUAUUGCCUCAAUUCAUGAAAAGUCUGGCACGUACUAUAACAAUCAGUCCCGAAUACACGAUUACCAAGCAUAAACUCUAUUCGGCCGAUGGCUUGGGUGCCAGGCGAAGCUAUAGUUUUGGCAGUAGUCAACAGCAGACACAGGCACAGGCCAUAGCCACGCCAACGAUAUAAUAUAAUAAUAUAUAUAUUAUUAUAUAUAUACACACAUAUAGUAUAUAAGUACGAAUCGAUCGACUUGAUAAUGAUAUGAUAUGAUGAUAUGGUAUGAUGUGGAGGAAGUUUGAUGUUGAUGUUGAAGUUACAACCUCAAUCACCCCCCCUCUCUUCCCCCACCCAAACAAAAGAAAAUUAAAUUACCUACCCCCUGUGAUGAUGUCCAGCGAGAGAAAGAGCAAGAGAUAUAUAGAGAUAGAGAUACAGAGAGAGAAAAGAGAGAUAGUAGUUAGUUGCCUUUAAACAUAAUGUUGAAGCAACGACGAAUUAAAGUAUUCGAAGCCACCCCACCUACACACACACACACACACACACACACACACACACACACACAUACACACCAAACACACUUACACUCUCAUACUAAAUACUAAAUGAAAAAGAAACAAAAAAUGCAACAAAAAAAAAAAAAGA